AAACCCCGGCCAUGACGUCAGCAGUAAAACCUGCUCCGGCUGGCUGUCUGUCUGUCUCAUGGUCUGUCUGUCUGUCGGUCUCAAAGUGAAGUGUGCUGCUACUGCUGGCGGAGUUUCCCCCCCUUCUUGUUGUCUGUCUUUCGUUGAGUGUUUUUUAACUUCACUCGCGGUCUUUUUACGUUUUAUGGAGGUGUUUUAUAAAAGUUCCUGAAGUGUUCUUUGAGGAAACCGGCGGACGGUCGGACGGUCGGACGGUUGGCGGAUCAACCACCAGAGAGAGCGAGAGAGAGAUGGAUAAGCUAACUGAUAGCUGAGCUUGUUAGCCUCGGAAUCAACGGUCAAGAAUAGGAAAUCAAACUAGCAUGCUAACCGCUAAGCUAACUUAGCAUUUUAACGGCUAACCAACUGACUUUGUUUGAACCUGUAACGUCUCAGCAACUGCUUGUUUUGUUGUUGUUGUCUCGGGGCCUCUGCUGCUGCUACACCUCAGCUAACCCAGGAAGAAGAGUGUUUGUUGAGAGGUUGUUCCGUCUCUCAGCCACCACAAAACCACACCAAGAGCAUGCUGUCCAACGCACAGAACCAGCCACUGUUUCCCAACCCGGCGGGUCAGCAGCAGAACCCGGGCCAGGGCCAGUUCCUCCCCUUCCACCAGACCACCAGACCCUCCUUACAGAUCAAGAAGAACGCCAUCACGGACGACUACAAGGUGACCAGCCAGGUGCUGGGUCUGGGCAUCAAUGGCAAGGUGCUGGAGAUCUUCCAGAAGAAGACUGGAGACAAGUAUGCGCUGAAGAUGCUGCAGGAUUGUGCCAAGGCCCGUAGAGAAGUGGAGCUCCACUGGAGGGCGUCACCUUGUGCAAAUAUUGUGCGCAUCAUUGAUGUGUUUGAGAACCUCUAUCAGGGCAGGAAGUGUCUGCUUAUUGUCAUGGAGUGCAUGGAUGGUGGUGAGCUUUUUAGUCGAAUCCAGGACCGAGGAGACCAGGCCUUCACAGAGAGAGAGGCAUCUGACAUCAUGAAGAGCAUAGGAGAGGCCAUUCAGUUCCUGCAUGCAAUCAACAUUGCACACAGAGACGUCAAGCCGGAGAAUUUACUGUAUUCCACGAAGAGGCCCAAUGCCCUGCUCAAACUCACAGAUUUUGGCUUUGCAAAGGAGACCACUUCACACAACUCUUUAGCUACUCCCUGCUACACACCCUACUAUGUUGCUCCCGAGGUUCUGGGCCCAGAGAAAUAUGACAAGUCAUGUGACAUGUGGUCGUUGGGUGUCAUUAUGUAUAUCCUGUUGUGUGGAUACCCUCCCUUUUAUUCUAACCAUGGUCUAGCCAUCUCUCCUGGGAUGAAGAGGAGGAUCAGAAUGGGCCAAUAUGAGUUUCCCAACCCUGAAUGGUCUGACGUAUCAGAGGAAGCUAAACAACUGAUUAGGACCCUCCUUAAGACUGAGCCGACACAAAGGAUGACCAUCACAGAGUUCAUGAAUCAUCAAUGGAUCAAUCAAUCAAUGGAGGUGCCCCAGACUCCACUUCACACCAGCCGGGUGCUAAAGGAGGAGAAGGACGCAUGGGAGGAUGUCAAGGAGGAAAUGACCAGUGCCUUGGCAACAAUGAGGGUCGACUACGAGCAAAUCAAGAUCAAGACCAUUGAGGACUCGACCAAUCCACUGCUAACGAAACGGAGGAAGAAAGCCAGUAACCCCAUGGCGGACCCAUAGUCUGCUGCCCACUGAAAGAUGCACGCAUGCAUGCACAUACAGACACAGGUUGUAAAAAGGAAGCAAUAAUUUGUCGACACGUGAGUCGCGUUGCAUGGAUUUUCUCAGUGUUUUAUUUUUCAUGGCAAAUUCUAAUGUUUUGUAGGAGUGUUUGUUUUUAUUACUCUACCAUUUUAACAAACCCACCGCUCUGCUCCGGCAGAGAGGAUGUUGAUCUGUGUUUUUACACCAGUGAAGAGAUUAUGAAUUCUAGAAAAGGAGAGGAGACGGGAAUCGGUGAGAUCUCUCUCCUCUCCUUUCCCAAAUAUCAGGUUGUGUACUCAGAGGGGCUUGAAUGUUGGAAUCGGACAUGAAGCCUUAGCAUUAGCAGUAGUUCUCUUUCACCCCGCAGCCCUGUUCUAGCUCUAGCCCCAAACCUGUGAAUGUUAAAUCAAAAGGCUAAAUCCCAAAAAUAAAAGCAAGGGAACAUUUCUUUUACGUACAUGCAAAGUAAGCAGAUGUAUUUUGAACUGACAAGUGGAAUGUAAGGACUCUGUCCCGGACUGUUGGAAUUAGCUGGAAAUAGUCGCCCAGUUCUGGGACUUGAAGUGGGAGUGUCUGUCAGGUUCAGUUUGUCUUCGUGAAUGUCGAACAGAGGCCUAUGCACUCACAAAGGCCAUGUGCCAUUCUGACAGAGCACCUCACUCGUGGCCCCUCUCUCCUACCUUAAAUCUACGCUUGUUUUUUCAGGUACAUAGUUUAUAGGGCAGAGAAGGACGCCACGUUUAAGAACAGAAACUGGCUCAACCUUUCUCCCGCAUGUAGCUCGUAGGAGAGUAGGAGCCAACCGAUACUGUAUUUUUUCAUGGAUUUUAUGAACAUAUUAGCAUAGGCCUUACUGAGUGUUGCUAAAGCAGCAAAUGACUUUUAACCCCGACCUACCAUUUGGUUCAGGCUUUUACCAAUGUUAUGCUUCCCAGUUUAUAACAUUGCCAGAUUAUAUUUCAGGUUAAUGCUAUGCAGAUGUGUUUGUCAGCUUGAAGUACUGCGAGGACCUUUUCCUUAGCGUUGAUUUCUGUUUGUGUUGGUGAGAUGUCGAGCAACAAUAGGGAGCGUUUGUGUGUGUUUAUGUUAGCAGUAGCAUACCCUUGAGGGAAUACGUGGUUCAGACGGACUCUCUCGGAAAAGAUCACUUAGAGUUACUGUCGGUUGCACCAGCUGAACUGUCAGGAGCCUCAGUGGGACUAAUCUGGUGCAAUGCCAGUGUUCACCAUCACUUCUCCUCCACACUUCCUGGAGGAUUGAUCGGAAGUAAAAAGUACUUAAGAGCUGCUCCUCGUCCCAGAGCAGAAUCUCUGACAAUACCACCAGCAAGCUGUCGUCACAUUCAGACCGGGUGUGAUGGCCGGUUUCUCUUCAAUGUUCUUGUUAACGCAACAGGACGCUUCCAGCUCACUUGGGAUCAUGGGAAACGAUUGUGUUAAUUUUGCCAGUUUGGUUCACUUCACUUUGUAAAAUCACAUCCACAUUACCUGUCACAUCGCACCUACAAAUCUCUCACUGUAAAAAUGUUCUUUGAAUGUUUGUGACAAUGUUCCUCCUGUUUUUUUUUUUGUUUUUUUUGUUUUUUUUUUCAUCCCUCACAACACCUUUUUUUUGUAGUGGAAGCACAGAAAUGUCGUUGUUUUCCUGUCAUUCAGCUCCACCUGCCGUACUUUUGUCUGCUUCAGCUUUGGAUUAAAAAAACACAUAAAAUACAAA